AUGGGACUUUUUGAGACAGGUUAUGGUGAAGUUGGGUUUUGGCUCACAUUGGGUAUCUCUAGUUAUGUCCUGUGUAAGUUCAGCGAGUAUAAUUUUCUUAAUGAUGGUCACUUGUUUGGCCCCAUCUUUCCUCAUCGCGGCCUAAGACAAGGUGAUCCACUUUCACCACAUGUGUUCAUCAUAUGUGCUGAAGCUCUAUCUUUACUUCUAGGAUACUAUGAGCGUAGAGGCGAUUUACAUGGUUGUAAGUUUCUAUUUUUCCAAGCAACAUUGGAGGAAGCUAGAGUCGUGCAAAAGUGUUUGCAGCUUUAUGAAAAUGCAUCAGGGCAGAAAAUAAAUUUGUCAAAAUCAACCAUCUUUUUCAGCCGUAACACCAAGGAUUUCCUAAAAGCAGCAAUUAGGAAUUUAUUGCAGGUGACUCAGGUCGCUAACCAUGCUUCACAGAUUUUUAAGGCCAAGUACUUCCUAGAAACUUCUUUCCUUAAAGCCUCAUUGGGUCAAAACCCAAGUCAUGUAUGGCAGAGCAUUUUUGCAUCUCAAGAGCUGCUAAAGAAGGGCUGUAUCCGUCGGAUUGGUGAUGGUAUUGAUGAUCUGAAAGUCUGUGAUUUAUUUCGGCCUGACUCUCGAAGAUGGGACUUGGAGACAUUGUCUUUACUCUUGUCUAAUGAAGAAAGAGCUCUUAUUCUGAAAAUUCCAUUACCCAGAAUGGAGAUGGCUAAUUCCUGGAUGUGUUUUUAG